AUGGCGCCUUUACACUGCACCACUGGCCUAAUUUUCACAGUCCUACCUCAGGGGUACAUCAGCUCUCCAGCCCUAUGUCAUAAUUUAGUUUGCAGUGGUUUUGACUACUUUUUCUUUCCACAAGGUAUCACGCUGGUCCACUACAUUGUUGACACUAUACUGACUGGACCUGGUGAUCAAGAGGUAGCCACUACUCUAGGUUUAUUGGUAAGACAUUUGCAGAUCCAAAAGUGGGAUAUGUCUGACAAGAAUUCAGGAGACUCCCAUCUUAGUGAGUUUCUAGGGGCUCAGUAGUGUGGGGGCAUAUCAACAUAUCCCUCUAGGUGAAGGAUGUGAUGCCUCUGGCCUCCUACAACCACAGAAGAGGCACAAUGUCUAGUGGGCCUCUUUGGGUUUGGGAAGCAACGUCUUCCUCAUUUGAGUGUGUUACUCUGGCCCAUUUCCUGAGCGAUGAAAGUUGCUAGUUUUGAAUGGGUUCCAGAACAAGAGAAGGUUGUGCAACAGGUCCAGGCUGCCGUGCAAGCUGCUCUGCCACUUGGGCCAUGUGAUCCCGCUGAUCCACUGGUGCUUGGCGUGGCAGUGGCAGACAGGGAUGCUGCUUGGAGCCUUUGGCAGUCCCCUAUUGGCAACUCACAGUACAGGCCCUAAGGAUUUUGGAGCAAAGCCCUGCCGUCAUCUGCAGAUAACUACUUUCCUUUUGAAAAACAGCUCUUGGCCUGCUACUGGGAAACAGUAGAGACUGAAGGCUUAACCAUGGGCCACCAAGUUACUAUGUGAUCUGAGAUGCUCUGCACAGACUGGGUGUCAUCUGACCCACUGAACCAUCAUGAGCAUGCACAGCAGCAUUCCAUCAUCAAAUGGGUGUGGAAUAUAAGUGUGUGGGUCCAAGCAGGUCCUGAAGGCACAAGUAAUUUACAUGAAGUAGUCCAAAUGUCUGUGAUUUCCAUUUCUGCUUCACUGCCUUCUUCCCAGCCUGCACCUAUGGCCUCAUGGGGCAUUCCCUGUGUAGUGGAAGAGAAGGCCUGCUUUACAGGCACCAGCUGAAAGUGGACAGGUACACACGAUAGCCCCUUCCUGGGACAUCCCUGAAGAGAAGUAGUGGAGGGAUCCUUCCAGUGGGAAGAACUUCAAGCAAUGCACCUGGUUGUUCACUUUGCUUGGAAGGAGAAAUGACCAGAUGUUCGAUUAUAUACCGAUUCAUGGGCUAUGGCUCAUGGUUUUGCUGGAUGGCUAGUGGACUUGCAAAGAACAUGAUUGGAAAUUGGUGACAAGGAAAUCUGGGGAAGAGGUAUGUGGAUAGAAAUCAAAUGGUCACAGAAUGUGAAGAUAUUUGUGUGCCAUGGGAAUGCUUACCCAAGCAUGACCUCAGCAGAGGAGGAUUUUAAUAAUUGAGUUGAUAGGAUGACUCAUUCUGUGGGUACCAAUCAGCCCCUUUCCUCAGACACCCCUGUCAUCGCUCAAAGUGGCUUUGGUGGCAAGAAUAGAGGUUACGCAGGGACUCAGCAACAUGGACUUCCACUCAAGGCCAACCUGACUAUGGCCAUUGUUGAAAGACCAAUCUGCCAGCGGCAGAGACCAACACUGAGCCCCUGAUAUGGCACCACUGCCUGGGGAGAUCAGCCAGCCCCCUGGGAGCAGCUUGAUUACACUGGAUCACUUUUAUCAUGAAAAGGGCGUUUUGUUCUUGUUGGAAUAGACGCUUAUUCUGGGUAUGGAUUUGCCUGCCCUGCACACAAUACUUCUGCCAAGACGACCAUCUGUGGACUUACAGAAUGCUUUACCCACCAUUAUAAUAUUCCACACAGCAUUGCUGCUGAUCAAGGAGCUCACUUUACAGCAAUAAAAGUAUGCCAUUGGGCCCAUGCUCAUGGAACUCACUGUUUUUACCAUGUUGUCCACCACCCUGAAGCAGCUGGUUUGAGGAAGAGCCUUUGGAAAGCUCAGUUACAGUGCCAGCUAGGUGGCAAUACUUGGCAGAGCUGUGGCAAGGUUCUCCAGAAGGCUCUUGUCUAUGCUCUGAGUCAGACUCCAAUAUAUGGUGCUGUCUCUCUGAAAGUCAGGAUUCAGGGGUCCAGGAAGCACGGGGUAAAAAUGGGAGUGUCACCACUCACUGUUGCACCUAGUGAACCACUAGCAAAAUUUUGCAUUCUGUUCCUACAACCUAUGCUUUGCUGGCCUAGAGGUCCCAGUUCCAGAAAGAGGCAGACAUGA